UAUUCAAGCACAGGUUGCACAGAUUUGUCUGUCAGGGGCGGACAUUUGGACUGCACGAGUGCCUGUAAUCAGUUGGAAGAGGGUUGAGUGGCACUUGCCGGAUAGAGUCCUACGGCAAUUUGGCUUAUGCCCACGAAUUGACAUCCAACCAAUGGAUCCAAGCUUCAAAAGGGUAGAUGGUCGUGGGAAACCUGACAUGGAUUGGAUGUUGUACCACCGAGCACAUAUUGAAAUAUGGGAGAGUAGGCGUGGAUUCAUUGUUACAGGAGAUUUACUGGACCAUCAUAACACCUACUCAAUUCAUCAGUACAUACACUGGUACAAGUCAUGGGCAACACUUUACAUGUUAAAGGCACCUGUCGAGCCUCCAACAACGGCCUAUCCUAGAGCUCCCUCAGAGCGCCUUUUGAGGGAUUUUUUCCUGGGUACUGAACAAGCUUUGCAGCAACACUUCAAUGGUACUGAUGAUACACCGCAACAGAGGGACAUAAAUACAAUUGCAGAGCUUUGUCGUGGUUUGCGUAGGCAGUUGUAUAUUCAAGAUCAAGGAUAUUUUGAGGAUAGAGGUGAGCAUGAUGCACCAUUCUCCAUGACCCAGGAACCUCCUCACCAGUACAGUGGAUAUGCUGGACCGUCCUCUUAUCCUGAUCAAGGGCCCUCUACGGACCUCUUCAGCAGCCAGGUGCCAGCGGAUUUGGAAGCAUACCUCAGCCCAGAUUUCGUACCGAGCUCGAUUCAUACAGAUGACAUAGCUGAGGAAGAAGCACCUGAGGAGGAACAACACAUGCUACGUCAAAGGCCACGACGACCGCCUCAGCAUUACACUCCAGGCACUGAUGCAUUGCCACAGAGGCCACGUAGGCGACGCUAGUUCAGCUGUUUAUGUAUUUCAUGCUUAUGUUACGGAUUAUUUAGUUUCAAUAUGCUUAUGUUAUGGAUCCUUUAAAUUAGUAGCUUCGACUUUGUUGGA